AUGUCUUCGGUCGCCAACGGCAAUGGCAAUUGCGCACCUGCCGGCCAGCGUGACAGAGCGCGACUCCCUUUGCAACUCGAGCGCCGUCCAGCUAAGAAACAGAAGAAGUUUGGGAGAAGCGGCGUAGCGUGUCAAAAGAAGGCCACCCUAGGAAAUUCGCCCGAAGUGAAGGCCUCUCUCAAAGCCGAAGGCUCCACGGAGGCGCUCCCUGUGGAACUGGAGCUCAUGAUGCUUGAGAAUCUGUUCAAGAAGAUGAAGGGCGCCACGCCUGAAUGCACAUUACUCGAGUCCAGUUCUGGUGUCCGCUCUGCCCUGACCCUUUCUGGAGACUCAGCACUGGUGGCUACUUAUCGCACCCUUCGUAGGAUUCGUGGACUGUCUCCUCUUGUCAACAAAGUGUUCUUCAAGACUGUAGGUCCUUUUCGUGGCAAUUGGAAAGACAUCUUGAGGCUGUACAAGAACAAAUCGGUACCAAACGCUGCAGCAAAUACCAUUCCAUGGGAGCACAUCGGCAAGGACAUCCUCGAGGAUGUUCCGUUCAGCUAUAUAUACGCUGCGUCCGUCCUUAGCUAUCUACAGCACGCUACGGGCUUGCAGGCCGUCGUCUUCGCCAGCUGCAGCUCCACUUCGUCUUGCCCAGUAGCCCUAGACUCCUUCUGUGGCCUGCAGAUUGGCCGCAUCUUGUCCAUCGUCGCAAGAAUCGGCUAG